UACGGCCAACCUGGCCUACGGCGCCGUAGGAAAAUUCUGGCCUACGGCUAGAGUUAUUACACGUAUUUGAACGGCCGGUGGCAAGUGGGUGAGUUUGGUACUGUUUGUGGUGGAGGAGUGACAUGUCUUCUCUCGACGACAAUCUCGUUGCUAUUGCUCUAGCGUGCUGUUUGAAGGUGAAAACAAGAAAAAGGAAGAUUUGGUCCAAACAUUGGCUGCGUAAACGACAAAAAUACUCUCAUGUUAACUUAAUGAAGGAACUAGCACUAGAAAAAGAUGACUGGUUUAACUACAUGCGAAUGGAUCAUGACACAUAUUUGGAACUCUUAAGUCAGGUAUCACCUUUAAUAGAAAAAAAGGACACUUGCAUGAGAGAAGCAAUUAGUCCACAUGAGCGUCUUUCAGCCACUUUGAGAUUUCUUGCUACAGGAAGAACAUAUAGCGAUCUAAAGUUUACAACAAUUAUAUCGCAGCCUUCUCUCAGUGCAAUAAUCCCAGAAACAUGUGCAGCAAUCUACAAAUGUUUAGGCCCAAAAUAUCUGAAGUUUCCAUCAACACAGCAUGAGUGGGAAGAAAUCCCAAAGGAGUUUGAGAGAGUCUGGAAUUUUCCACACUGUGUCGGAGCUGUGGAUGGCAAACAUGUCAAGAUUGUGCCACCUCCAGAAUCAGGAUCAUUCUACUACAAUUACAAGGGUUUCCAUAGUAUGGUACUAAUGUGCAUUGCCAAUGCAAAGUAUGAAUUUAUUCUUUGUGAUUUCGGCAUCAAUGGACGAAUUUCAGACGGAGGGGUAAUAAACAGGACCACUUUUUAUGACAAAUUGUGCAAAGGACAUUUAAAUCUUCCGCAAGAAAAUAAAAUUGAAGGUUCUGAAAAGUAUUACCUUAUGUGUUUUAUAGGCGAUGAAGCUUUUGCUAUGAGAACUGACUUUUUAAGACCCUUUAGUCAAAAGGACUUAUCAUAUGAGAGAAGGAUCUUUAAUUAUCGCCUGAGCAGGGCUCGCAGAAUUAUCGAAAACGUGUUUGGAAUUUUGGUUUCGCGCUUUCGUAUCUUUCAAACUGCUAUAAAUUUAUUGCCAAGAAAUACUAAAAAUGUAGUAUUGGCUUGUUGUGCACUUCAUAAUUUUUUACGUGCAAAAUGUAUCAGGCAUUCUAUCCCAGAUGAGUCUGAUGAACAAGCUGAAGAUAAUAUGAGUCAAGUCGAACAAUCACUAGCAGGCUUGCAAAGAGGGACUAUGAGAAAUACCCCCAAUGCUGCUAAGAAAGUACGAGAUACAUUCAUGAAUCACUUUAAUAACGAAGGAAAAGUUGCAUGGCAGGACAAUGUAUAAUAUUCUUAGUUUGCUUUUCUACUGAAUGGUAAUGAGUUAUCCAAAUAUUUAAAUAAAGAAAUAGUGUGAAUUAUUCAACUGAAUAUUUGUAAGCUUUCUUUUGUUUGUAAAUAAAAUAUGACAUGAUUAUA